AUGGCAGAAGAGCACGGUAAUCUUCAAAAGCUUUCAAACUCGGUUUCUAAACUUGAGGAUGCUUUUAAAUUAGCUUUAGGAGCAUGCCAAGAUAUUAAGGAAUACCUUCCUAUUCUCAUUGCUGAGAAAGGGGAUGUUAGUAAACCUCAAGAAAAGGCCAGCAAAAAUGAAAAGUCCAAACAAACUGCAAACAAGGAACCAUCUACAUCAGCUCUUAAAGACGCUAAUGUAGAAGCACCCGUUCCAAUCGCUUCUGCUGUGCCAGCUAGUUCCUCUGUAACUGAGCCGGUAGCCAGUGCUUCCCCAACUCCCAGCAAGCGUAAAGCCAGAGAUCCCGCUCAACCAAAGCGCCCUCCUACCGCUUACAACUUGUUUCAAAAGAAUCAACGUUCUGAAAUUAAGGAUUCUUUGGGUGAAAAAGGAAAUGACGUGAAGGAAGUCAACAAAGCGAUGCACGAAAAGUGGACGUCUUUAAACGAAAAUGAACGCAAGCCUUUUGAAGAAGAGGCAUCAAAACUUCGCGAAACUUACGACGCUGAAAUGACCGCUUUUCAAGCUACCAGAGAAUCUGCUUCUUCCCCUGCCCCUGCAGCAGCUGCCGAAGCUGAACCCCAAGAAGGAAACCAAGUUGCCGUGUCCAUGCCUACUACCCCUGCUAGCAAGAACUAUGUUGAAUUUUCUGAAACUAGACCUUUAGCUCAGGCAUCCUUGUCAUCUCCCGUAACUACUUCUAAAAAACAGAAUAAGAAGAAGCGCUCAAGCACUAACGCUCCCGUUGAACCUCAACCUCAGCAAGAAGAGGGAUCUGCUACUGCUGACAAAGCUGAAGUCAACCCUUCUCCAUCGGUUGGAAAGCGUGACAAGAAGAAACGCCGUAAAAGUUCUGUUAACCCUAACAAUGCUCCCACUGCUACAGCAGCUUCUAAUUAA